GCUGCGGACGACGCUGUGGUUGCCGGAAGUUGAGCGGCGUUAGCAACAAAUAAUGGCGGCAUCUACAGGGGAUCUUGGACUCACCAAGUUGCAGUUUGCCCCUUUUAGCAGUGCCUUGGAUGUUGGGUUCUGGCAUGAGUUGACCCAGAAGAAGCUGAAUGAGUAUCGGCUGGAUGAAGCUCCCAAGGACAUUAAGGGUUACUACUACAAUGGUGAUCCUGCUGGGCUGCCAGCUCGCUUUACAUUGGAGUUCAGUGCUUUUGACAUGAACGCUCCUACCCCAGCACAUUGCUGCCCCGCUGUCGGAACACUAUAUAACACCAACACACUCGAGUCUUUCAAGACUGCAGAUAAGAAGCUCCUUUUGGAACAAGCAGCAAACGAGAUAUGGGAAUCCAUAAAAUCGGGUGCUGCUCUUGAAAACCCUGUACUCCUCAACAAGUUCCUCCUCUUGACAUUUGCA